AUGAGUUGUUUAAGAGAAUUGGAAGGCAAAAUGGUUCAUGAUCAUCAUCAUCAUCAUCAUCCUCAUCCUCAUCCUCACUAUCUACAAGACCAUGGUCUCACCCGACGUGUAUGGGUCCCUGGUCCCGUCAUCGUUGGCGCUGGACCAUCUGGCCUCGCCGCUGCUGCCUGUCUUAAAGACAAAGGCGUACCCAGCAUCGUUUUGGAGAGAUCCAAUUGUAUAGCUUCUCUUUGGCAAUUCAAAACGUAUGACCGCCUCCGGUUACAUCUCCCAAAGAGCUUCUGUCAACUGCCGUUGAUGCCCUUCCCGGAGGAUUUUCCGACGUACCCAUCUAAGCAACAGUUUGUGGAGUACUUGGAGGCCUACGCAAAGAGAUUCGGGAUCAAGCCGGUUUUCGAGCAGGAGGUGGAGAGUGCUGAGUUUGAUGAUAGUGUAGGGUUGUGGAGAGUGAAGAGUGUAGGGUUGAAAGGCGAGGAGAUGGAGUAUGUUUGUAGGUGGUUGGUGGUGGCUACCGGAGAGAAUGCUGAGGCGCUGGUGCCGGAGAUCAAAGGGAUUGAAAGUUUUCAUGGGAAGGUUCAACACACGGCGGAGUAUAGAAGUGGAAGCAGUUUUAAAGGCAAGAAAGUCUUGGUGGUUGGUUGUGGGAAUUCUGGAAUGGAGGUUUCUUUGGAUCUUUGCAACCAUAAUGCUCAUCCUUCUCUUGUUGUUAGAAAUGCUGUCCAUGUCCUACCACGAGAGAUGCUAGGAAGAUCGACUUUUGGGUUGUCCAUGUGGUUGCUCAAGUGGUUACCUGUAAAACUCGUUGACCGCUUUCUCUUGAUCUUGUCAUGGCUGAUAUUUGGAGACACGGCUAGUUUUGGACUUGACCGGCCUCAAGUAGGACCUCUUGAGCUAAAAGGGAAGACCGGAAAAACUCCAGUAUUGGACGUGGGAACCCUUGCCAAGAUCAAAAGUGGAGACAUCAAGGUGCAUCCAAGCAUUCAAAGUGUGGGGCAUCAUAGUGUACAAUUUGUGAAUGGAAGAGUAGAGAAUUUUGAUGCAAUCAUUUUAGCAACAGGAUAUAAAAGCAAUACUCCUUCUUGGUUAAAGGAGAAAGAAAUGUUCUCGGAAAAAGAUGGGAUGCCAUGGAAACCAUUCCCUCAUGGCUGGAAAGGCGAAUGCGGACUAUAUGCAGUAGGGUUUAGUAGACGUGGCUUGUUAGGUUCUUCUACAGACGCUAAAAGAGUAUCCGAAGACAUAAACAAGUUCUGGAAAGCCGAAGCCAAACAUAUGGCCAUGACCAUUGGACGAUCAUUCACAUUCCAACCCUAGUUCUAGCUUUCUUGCUACAUGACUUAGAGAACACAAGUUCCAUUUAAUUACAAAAUAUUUUUGACACUAAAAAAUCAACCAAAAGUUGGUCAUCAAUUUGUAGAAAGCUGAGCUAGGAAUGGUGGUGGAACUCCUUUCUUCAAACCCAUUAGAGUAUUUAUAUUUCUUGAUUUGGGGACAAGACCUCUAUCUUGAUCUAGGGUAGUGUA